ACAUACUACAUGUUUCUAGUUCCGGAGUUUGCACCAUCAAUCAUAGCAACGAAAACACCGACUUACCUUCACAAUGGCUGAGGUGGAUGAGACGAUGAAAAGGCUCCAGAAUCAGAAAGGAGUACAAGGAAUCAUCAUUGUUAAUGCAGAAGGCAUCCCCAUUAAAAGCACCCUUGACAACGCAAGCACAGUCCAGUAUGCUGGUAAUAUCCACCAGUUGCUCAUGAAAGCUCGGGGAAUAGUGAGGGACAUCGACCCUCAGAAUGAUCUCACCUUUCUUAGAAUUCGAUCAAAGAAGAAUGAGGUCAUGAUUGCCCCAGACAAGGACUAUUUCCUGAUCGUCAUUCAAAAUCCUACAGAGUAGUCCUGAAUUCUUCAUAGUUGUAUUGCCAUAGUAUUUUUUUUCUCUCUAAAUAACGGCCAAAAGUGUUUCAUUUCAUAUGUUCCAGUAAAGUGAAGUUUAUAUAGUAACACAGUUACAUUAAAGGAAGAUGCAUCCAGCUUAUUAUAAAUAUUAGGUUUGUACUGAUUUUGCUUAUAAUUCCAAUCAUUUGCCUUUUUUCUGUAAUUUAUUGUUCUCUCAUAUUCUCUCUUUUGCAAGUACUCCAGCUGUUCAUCAUCUAUACGCAUCAACAUGACACUAUGACAUACUGUACUUGUUUGUCUAUGCUAAAAAGGACAAUAAAACAACAAUGCUUUUCCUUUUA